AUGACGCACACGGAGAACGACGAUCCGACGCACACGGAGGAGCGCUCGGUCGGGAUCGAGCUGUACGCCAACGCCGCCGCCGGGUUCGAGGGCAUCGUCAAGGAGCGAUUCAGUGAUUUCAUCGUGCGAGAGAUCGAACGAGAGAGCGGGAAUGGGUGCGAGCUGAGUGAACUUCGAGCGAUCGUGGACGAAGCGAUCGACGAGCGCGAGCGAGCGAAGUUUGAGCGAGCAAAGGCGAACUUCGCCGCGACGGCGGCUCCCGCGCGCGAGGACGGGACGGAGGAGCGAGUUGAAGACGACGAUGACGAGGAGAACGACGCUAUCGAUGAGAAAGCGAUGGAAGAGUUCGAGGCAAUGUGCGGAGAAGACGAAGCGAGACGGUUGAAAGAGUUUUUAGCCAUCCCAGGAGUGACGCGUAAGAGUCAGAAAUAUUUAGAUAGACACACGGAGACACCCGCUCCAUUGGUGCUCAGGGCGACGACGGACAAGUCGAAACGAGCGCAGAUUCACCAAUUUUUCAAGAGACACUUCUUUUUACCCACUGAUAACGUCGUCGAAUCUGAGGAGAGCGAGAAGGAGGCUUUGAAAAAUAACCAGAAACCUCCCUCAAGCGUUCGCGUGCACGCAGCCGAAAAGCAAGGGAAAAAGCGCAAGAAUCAAGCACCGCAGGUCAAGGAUCAUCGGCAAUCGUUCAACUUUUGGCCGGAGGGCGUGCCCGAGUAUGUGAAAUUUGCGCUUUGCAAGGAAAACAAGGAAUCUCAUGAGAUUUUGAGCGUCAUUGCUCGCGCUUUGAAGGUGCAUUACAAGUCACUUGGCAUUUCGGGAACGAAGGACAAGCGCGCGGUUACUACGCAACACGUCACUAUGCGACGAGUUCGGGCUAAGAGAUUGGCUAAACUCGUGCUGUACGGAUGUAAAAUCGGUAACUACAAGUACGUCGAUAAACCACUUGGGUUUGGAGAUCACCUUGGGAACGAAUUCGAGAUCACCCUUCGUGGCAUCGAUCCCGCAGAGGUUGACAAGGUUGAGGAAUCAGUGCGCUCGCUUGAAUCUUCGGGGACAAUCAACUACUUCGGUUUGCAGAGAUUUGGAAAUGGCGAUGUCAAGCACGCAACGCAUAAAAUUGGAAUAGAACUUCUGAAGGGUAACUGGCAGGGUGCGAUCGAUCUCUUGCUUCUGCCACGUGAUGGAGAGCGAGGAGAUGUCGCUGCUGCGCGCGCGAAAUGGCAGGAAACACGGGAUCCUGAGGUGGCUUUGAAACUGUUCCCACGUUGGUGCGCGGCAGAGCGCGCCGUCUUGGAACGUAUGACGAAAGUACGAUCGACCGAUUUGGUCGGGCCACUCUUGGCCACACCGAGGCAGAUAAGGCUGAUGUAUGUCCACGCUUAUCAAGCAUUCAUGUUCAAUCGAGUUGCUUCGGCACGAAUCCGUAAAUACGGAAUGAACACGGUUGUUGAAGGAGAUUUAGUUCUUGAGGAUGGAGGAUUCGCAGAGUUUGAGAACGAACGGGAUGAUGAUGAUAGAGAGGUGACGAUGCCGAAGGUACGCGUGGUUACCGCCGAGGAAGCAGCUUCGAGUUCUAUUGAUCCGCAGUGCGUUGUACUUCCGCUUCCGGGUCACUCAGUCAUUUACCCAACGAACAUGGGCGAUAUUUACAAGAAAAUCGCCGCUGAGGACGGUAUCAAUCUGGAGAGCGUCUCUCACUCCGUUCGUGAAUUUUCCAUCACAGCUUUCACAGGAGAUUACCGUCGAUGCUUCCUCAGGCCUAAGAAUAUUUCGCACCGUAUGACAUGUUACGCCGACCCAAAGGCUGACUUGGCUUUGACCGAUCUCGAUCGCGUGAAUGGCGUAAACGAGCUCAAGAUCGAAGAUGGCCCUUUGCGCGCUGUCACCGUCAAAUUUACCCUUCCACCCUCGUCUUACGCCACCAUGGUCCUUCGCGAGCUUAUGAAGUCGAACACCUCGGUAUUGGCGCACAAGCAAAAGACGCUAGAUUCCGCGCGUACGAGCGAGCCAGACGCAUGA